AUGAAGGCAAAACAGGGUGUUCGUGGAUUUGCCUCGAAGGACAUUAGACAUGGCACUAGUGCCAGAGCCGCAAUGCUCCACGGUGCCAAUCGGCUGGCUGACGCAGUAGCUGUGACACUCGGCCCGAAGGGCCGUAACGUUGUCAUCGAGCAGAGUUUCGGCGCCCCAAAGGUGACGAAAGAUGGAGUGACAGUUGCAAAAGCUGUUGAGUUCAAAAACAAGCUUGUCAACGUGGGAGCUUCGCUCAUCAAGCAGGUAGCCUCCAAGACAAAUGACCUCGCUGGAGACGGUACCACCACGUCAACUGUCCUGGCCCGGGCUAUCUUUCGUGAAGGAACUAAGGCUGUUGUGGCUGGCAUGAACCCAAUGGAUGUCAAGAGAGGAAUAGAUUCUUCGGUGAAGAUUGUUUUGGAGGACUUGGAGAAGCGCGCUACCGAAAUCUCUUCACCAAAAGAGAUCGCGCAGGUAGCCACCAUCUCUGCCAACGGUGAUGAAAUCAUCGGCCAAAUGGUUGCAGAGGCUUUUGAGAAAGUUGGGAAGGACGGCACCAUCACCGUGUCUGAGGGCAAGACUCUGGAGCACGAGCUGGAGGUGGUGGAGGGUAUGAAGUUUGACCGUGGCUACAUCUCCCCUUACUUCGUGACAGACGCGAAGGCGCAGAAAUGUGCGCUAGCUGACCCGCUCAUUCUUAUUUACGACAAGAAGAUUUCAUCAGUUCAGAGCAUACUGCCAGUGUUGGAGCACACCAUGAAGGCGCAGAAGCCCUUACUGAUCAUUGCUGAGGAUGUUGAGCAGGAGGCAUUGGCGACCUUGGUGGUGAACAAGCUUCGUGGAGGAUUGCAGGUAUGUGCCGUCAAGGCACCUGGUUUCGGCGACCAUCGCAAAGCCAUGUUGCAGGACCUGUCUGUGCUUACUGGGGCUGAGCUGAUCAGCGAGGACACGGGUCGCAAGCUAGAUGAGACCUUCGAUCCCACCGUGCUUGGCACUGCAAAGACAAUCACCGUCACGAAGGACGAUACAAUCAUUCUCGAUGGAGCUGGCGAACAGGCCGACAUCCGGUCACGUUGUGAGCAGAUCCAGGCUGCUGUCGAGGUGACGUCUUCAGAGUACGAGCGGGACAAGCUCAGAGAGCGGCUCGCCAAGUUGUCAGGUGGUGUGGCCGUUAUCAAGGUCGGAGGUGCAUCUGAAGUCGAGGUCUCGGAGGUGAAGGACAGACUGAACGAUGCACUCAAUGCGACCAAAGCAGCUGUGGAGGAGGGAAUCGUGCAAGGUGGAGGGACGGCCCUCCUUUACGCCUCCAAGAAGCUGGAGUCUCUGGAGCUGGGGGGCUUUGACCGCAACGUGGGCCGCGACAUCGUUCGACAGGCCUUGCAGGUGCCCUUAAUGUCCAUCGUGCAGAACGCAGGGAAGGAAGGUGCUGUGGUGGUGGAAUACUUGCUGAAGCAGAAUGACGAAAAGCUAGGGUACAACGCACAGACGGGCCAGUACGUUGACAUGAUUGCGAACGGCAUUAUAGAUCCGACAAAAGUUGUGAGAUGCGCUCUCGCUGAUGCAGCUUCUGUGGCCUCCUUGAUGACGACCACGGAGUGCCUGGUGACAGAGAUUCCCGAGGAGAAGCCUGCAGGUGGUGGUCCUGGUGGUGGUAUGGGUGGCAUGGGUGGCAUGGGCGGCAUGGGCAUGGAUGAUGGGUGGGACUGA